CCAAAUCCAAGAAGCAAAGAGAGACAGAAACAGUGAGACAAAGUGCAGGAGACAGAGCCAACAGUUUGAGUGAUUUUCACUGGCAGUUAAAGGCCUAUAGUGAAGAAAUUACAAGGGAUCAUGGAGUAACAGGACCUGACUGACAAGACAACAAAGUACUCCACCUGUUCGGCAGCAAGGGCUAUUGUUGGAAGACUGAUCUCGGCAUACAACUUUCAGAGGGGAGCUUACUGGACAAGCUCUUUCUUGAUUUUGAACUUGUAAUACACUGGACAGCAUGAGGAUCGAAGAGAGCAAGCAAAGGAAAACCAAGGUUUCUAAGGACAUACGCCACAGCUUCGAGUAAGACUGGGAUCAAACCCUUAAUCUUAUAGACAAUAUAAAAAGGAUUGUUGUAUUUUAUUUCUAUAAAAUAGUUUCUAUAUGCAUGUUUCAUAGACUUGCCAUUUCCUUCCUAAAGAACUUUCCAAUCAAAAAGGAUAUUUUAUCACUUAAAUAAAGUCAUUUACUACUGCAAACUACUGUAAAAACAUCUACAAAACAGUGUAUGAAUGUAACUUAAACACAGUGCUGUAAUUACAAAGUAAGCUCUGGGUAAACUGACAGACAUUUGUAAUUAAAGACCAACUAUAAAAGGCAACAGAGGAAAGGGUGAGGUCUACAUCGACAGAGGAGACCGCAAGGACACCAAGACAAAGAACAGGACGUCGAGAACCUAACCAAAAGAAACAACACACCAUGGAUCCUCUUGGAGGACACUACCUCAACAAAGACGCUGUAUUGUCACCUUUAGGUGCAGCCCGAAUGUGCCAGAUGCUCCUAGGCUGCACCAUAUUGGCCCUUGUGUCCCACAGUGCAGGCUACAGCGCCACCUAUGGAACCUUCUGCAUGUUUGUGUGGUGCUUUUGCUUCGCUGUGACACUGGUCGUGUUCACCUUGGACAUCACGCGGCUCCACACAUGCAUGCCCAUUUCCUGGGAUAACUUCACAGUGGCUUUUGCCAUGCUGGCAACUCUCAUGUACAUCACUGCCUCUGUUGUCUACCCUGUUUACUUUCUCCAGACAGAGUGCCCAGAUGAAAGCUGCGAGAUCCAAAUCUACCGAAUUGCGGUCACUGUCUGCUCCAGUGUCUGCUGUUUCCCCUAUGGAGUUGAGGUGUUCCUAACUCGAGCCAAACCAGGGGCUGUGGUGGGUUACAUGGCCACGGUGUCUGGUCUACUCAAGGUGGUCCAGGGUUUUGUGGCCUGCAUCAUUUUUGGGGCUCUAGCCAAUGACAGUGAAUACAACCAGUACAUUGCUACCCAGUACUGUGUAGUGGUGUACAGCCUGUGCUUCUCUGUGACUGUGAUAGUGGUCAUAGUGACAGUCUCUGGAAGGAGCUCAGCCCUGCGGUUCCCUUUCGACCGAUUCGUAGUUGUCUACACCUUCUUUGCUGUGAUCCUUUACCUCAGUACUGCACUUAUCUGGCCCAUCUUCAGUUUUGAUAGGAAAUAUGGAACCACCGACCGUCCUGAGGACUGCCCACGCGGAGAAUGUCCCUGGGACAGUAAACUGGUGGUGGCAGUGUUCACCAGUGUAAACCUAAUCUUAUAUUUUGUGGAUCUGAUUUACUCCCAGAGGAUCCGCUUUGUCUCCAGAUCUGCUGUCUAAAUGUUACUCCUUCAAGACUAUUAAUCCUCUGAGACAAGUGGACAGGUUUAAGCAUCCAACAAGCCUUCCACAAUCAUGUCUCAUUGAAGGACCCAUUCCCUUAAAUCCACAUUUAUGAUGUUAUUUCUGUGUAACAGUUUUUAUUAUCAGUAUUCAGCAUUAUUCUAGUAUUGAGUAUCUUUGCUCAGCAGCCAAACUGACAGUAUUACCCAUGAUACAGUAGUAGCAAGAAAAGGCUUUUCUUCAGUUGUGUAAUGACCUACCAG